UGUUUCUUAAUGAUGAGAAAUAAUCUUAUCAAAUUAUCCCUAUAAAAGAGAAAGAUCUCAAAUACCUUUCAAUCAGUGACGAUUUUCUGCAAGUUUCUCAAUAUGCUAAGACUCAUCUUUGCGGCUUUUUUUCUUCUUGGCGUGACCUUUGCAGCCAACUCAGCCAAUCAAUACGUCGACAAUGUGUUACAAUCAUCUCUUCGGCAAGAGCUUCUCUCUGGAAAUUUACUUCCUGCGCAGUUACCCGAUUUCAGAGUGCUUUUGAGUCUUACCAAGUAUCGUAAAGGCCAAACAGAAGUCGAUUUCACAUUCGGCAAUGUCACUGGCCUGGAUAAAAUCAAGAGGAAAGGGGACUGCUCUGGACCACGGAACUACAAGGGAGAGAUCAGCAUCAACUGCACUCUGAGCUUGUAUCCUCUGCAAUCUGCUCACAGAACACUCGUCAGGAACUCCACCUACACCAGUGUUGGUCAAGUGCAAGCAGUGAUCACAGAAGUACUUGUUGAUCUGAAAAUUGUUGGAAGGCCUCAGAAUUAUCUCGGUCUCUUAAAGAACUUCACUGUGGGUAAUUUGAAUACUCUUACUCCAGUAUUUUCGAACAUUCCUGCCUACAUAAGAGGCGAUCUACCGUAUCUUCAGAAGGCUUACCAAACGCAUGUAUUGGGCAAUUUGUAUGGGAUCUUUAGUCAAAGAUACGCCGAUGCUUUCCGUCGAGCUAUUGCUUUUAAACCCAUGCCACGACAAUAAAUGAUUGGAAAACUUUGAAAAGGACUCAUGUUUCGAUGGAUAAAUUUCUUUUUUUAGAAGUAACUAAUUUUUUUAAAUUUUUCAUUUUCUAACAUGUGCUGUACUGAAACGUAAUUAGAAAAAUAGAAAUUUUUCACAAUAAAAAAAAAAUUAUUCAAGCAUAA